AUGUCUAGUCCGGCUAAAAAGCGCAAGAUAAAUGGCAGCUCAUCGUCACCACCGGUGCGCAGCAUUAAAUCGUUCUUCCAGGGACAAGCCGCCAGCCAGCCCAGUAAUAAAGAGCCCGACGUCACCGAACAGACUCUCUCGGAUGAAGCUCUGGCGCGUAAGCUCCAAACCGAAUGGAACAAGCAAGAAGACGCUACUUCAGUCGAUCAAAACUUAUCAACAGAAUCAAAUAUCAAUACCGCUCAAUCAUUUCAAUCACUUCCCAUCCCGUCUAAUGCCCCGGUGGCUCCAGUGACAUCAGAAAAGAACACACUCUCACUUCAAUCGGCGACUGGGGCAGACGAUACAAUAUCCCUUGCCAUUCCCUUGGACCAAAGCCCUCAAACCUUCGAUGCAAGUCGAUGGGCGGCGGAAUUGGCGUCACACUGGGCCGCCCAAGGCGGAGAUGCUUCCUACGCCCUGUUGACCAGAGCAUUCGUCCUGGCAAAUGCAACUACGAGCCGAAUCAAGAUUGUUGAUACGCUGGUCAACUUACUCCGCAUAUUGAUCGAAGGAGACCCUUCAAGUGUCCUGCCUGCAGUGUGGCUAGCAACAAAUUCCAUUUCGCCACCUUACGAUGAGGUAGAAUUAGGUCUUGGGGGAUCUUCAAUUUCAAAGGCACUAAAGAAGAUAUAUGGCCUCGACAAUGCGGGGCUCAAGACGCUCUACAACAAACACGGUGAUGCAGGAGACGUUGCAUUCGAGGCCAAAAAGCGCCAGUCUUUCACUUUAGUCAAGCCUAAACCUCUCAAGAUCAAAGGUGUUUACCAGUCACUGACGAAGAUUGCCACGAGCAAAGGAACCGGUAGCCAGGAGACUAAGCAGAGGAUUGUCGAGAAACUUUUGCAAGAUACACGGGGCGCAGAAGAGAGUCGAUAUAUUGUGCGGACAUUGGUUCAAAAUCUCCGAAUCGGCGCAGUGAAAACAACGAUGCUCAUUGCUCUUGCCCGAGCCGUUCUUUAUUCCAAGCCGGUGGGGGCGUGCUUUGAAAUCCGGCCUCAGCACGAGUUGGCCCGGCUGAAGAAGGAUGAGCUAAGUGAAAUGUACAACAAUGCGGAAGAAAUAGUCAAGGCUUCUUACGCCCGACAUCCAGACUACAGCGACUUAGUCCCUUGUCUCCUGGAGAUUGGGCCGACAGACGAGCUGUUGGUCAGGUGCGGCCUGUCCAUGCACAUACCAUUAAGGCCGAUGCUGGGUAGUAUCACACGCGAUCUGUCUGAUAUGUUGACCAAGCUCCAAGGGAGGACUUUCAGCUGCGAGUACAAGUAUGACGGGCAGCGAGCACAGGUUCACUGCGAUGAGCAAGGGAAGGUAUCCAUCUUCUCGCGCCACCUUGAGACGAUGACGGAGAAAUAUCCUGAUCUUGUAUCUCUCGUCCCUCAGAUCCGAGGGGAAGGAGUGUCCAGCUUCAUUUUGGAAGGCGAGGUUGUUGCUGUGGACCGCGAAAAUGGGGACCUACAGCCAUUCCAGACAUUGACCAACCGCGCAAAAAAGAACGUAGAGAUAGGGGAGAUCAAAGUCAACGUUUGUCUGUUCUCCUUUGACCUGAUGUAUCUCAAUGGCGAACCGUUGCUGGACCGCCCUUUCCGGGAACGCCGUGAACUACUCCGCAGUCUCUUCGUGGAAAUUCCCAGGCAUUUUACCUGGGUGAAGAGCAUUGAUGCGCGGUCAGCCGAUUCCGAGACUGUGCUUGAAUUUUUCAAGUCUGCCACCGAUGUCAAAUGUGAGGGUAUCAUGGUCAAGGUGCUGGACAACGAGUCCAAGGAUGAUAUUCAACAACCCACCAACGACCUCGGCGAAAGGGGUGAACAGCUUUCCCAAGCAAUAACCAGCAAACCCAACACUAAAACAAAAGAAAAAGGCACCAGGCGCAAGGCGCUUCUAUCAACCUACGAGCCCGACAAGCGUCUUGAAUCCUGGCUGAAAGUGAAAAAGGAUUACAGCACCUCCUCGGAAACUCUUGACCUGAUUCCCGUGGCGGGCUGGCAUGGCAACGGUCGCAAAGCCAAAUGGUGGUCACCCAUCCUUCUGGCAGUGCGAAAUCCCGAGACAGGAAGCCUCGAAGCUGUCACCAAAUGCAUGUCCGGGUUCACGGACAAAUUCUAUCAGAGCAACAAAGACCAGUACGCGGAAGGUAGCACGAACGUGAUCUCUCGGCCCAGCUACGUGGAAUAUAAUGGGUCCCCGGACGUUUGGUUUGAACCGCGGGAGGUAUGGGAAAUGGCCUUUGCAGACAUUACACUCAGUCCGACGUAUCCUGCUGCCAUAGGGCUGGUGAGUGAGGAACGCGGGCUGAGUCUGCGCUUCCCGCGUUUCCUGAAAGUCCGCGAGGAUAAAUCGAUAGACGAGGCCACCACGUCUGAUUACCUGGCGCUACUAUGGCGAAAACAGGCGGAACGCGCUGUCGAUAGUAAGGAGCAAAAUGAGGAUCACGAUCAAGAUGACCUAGAAUAA